UGCCGGUCAGGUGACUAAUUCUUCGCCGCCAUCAUUGUUAGUGGCAGUGAAGCUUGUGUGCAGGGUGACAAGAAGCACCAGCGGAGCUUCGUGGAGUUCUGGUCCGGCUGUGAGUGAGUGUUGUCUGGAUAUUCAGCCAUGGUUCAGACGUGCUCAGCGUACGGCUGUAAGAACCGCUACCACAAAGACAAAGAGAUUUCUUUCCACAAGUUUCCUCUGGCCCGUCCAGAUAUCUGCUGUAAAUGGGUGGCUGCGAUGAGGAGAAACAACUUCAAGCCAACAAAGUACAGCAACAUCUGCUCCCAGCACUUCACCGAAGACUCCUUCAAGAGGGAGUGCAACAACCGUGUGCUGAAGGAGAGCGCUGUGCCGUCGCUGUUCACCUUCAACCUCAGCAUCAAGCAGUCAGAGUCCCUGGAGGAUCCCUUCCCAUCUGAGAACCUCUUCCCGCUUUCUCUGCCUCUGACCUCUGAACCAGCGGAGGAGGAGGAGCCUGAGAGCAACUCGCUUGACACCUGCAGCGUCGCGAUGACAACGACCUCAACGACGACGGCGGUCUCCUGCGACCACAACUACACAGUAGAGGACUCGGCGCAGCAGAAGAGGCGCAUCGAGCUGCUGGAGGAGCAGGUGGAACAUCUGAGGAAGAAGCUGAAGACGACGCAGCAGAAGUGUCGGCGGCAGGAGAGGCAGCUCAAGAGGCUGAAGACCGCCCGGGAGGCGGCACCCAGGAUGGCCCGUCAGUCGGCGCCGGAGCCGGGCUUCAGUGAGGGAUAUGUGAUUUUGCCGAAACACAUCUACCACAGUUUGAAAGGCAUCGAGUGAGGCGGAGUGGAGAAGUUUCAUCUGCUGCUGAACUGAAGGACACAAAUAUUCACACAUCUUUCUGUUUUUGUCUUUGUUUUCUAGAGCUCGGGCUGCACUUAAAUGACUUUUUAAAGCUUUAGGUUUUGGUUUGGUUUCAAGAGCCAACAGCUCUUCAUACUUGAUGCACACAGACUGAUGGUUCUUGUCACUCUGAGGAAAACAAAGCACAGUUAUGCCC